AUGCUGGGGUUCAUCCAACGACUCUUCAAAAAACCUCGCGUUGAGCUGUACGGGUUAGAUCAUGCUGUGCUCAAUAUUGAGCUCCCACCACAAACUAUGUGGAUGAAUAUGGGAUACUGGGAGUCUACAACUCAUUUCCCUGAUGCCUGUCGAGCUUUGUUAGAUCGCGUCUUAUCCAAAGCUGAUCUCUUGAAAGAUCAAGAUAAAAGGCAAUCUAUCAGGUUGCUUGAUGUCGGAUGUGGAUGUGGUGAUCAGUCACUUCAUCUGAUUUCACUCCGAAGAAAUGACUUCACAGAAAAUAAAUCGGGAAGAGGAGAAGCAUCAGGCUUUCAAGCUUCCUCUGACGUAGCACCGUCUCUCCGUUUUCAGCAGCCUUCUUCAUUGAUCAACACAUAUAUAGGUAUCACGCUUGAACCCAGUCAAGCAGCACUGGCCAAAUCUCGGGCCCAGGAUAACGGGGCCGCAGGGAAUGCACCUGCAGAUUCAUCAGUAGAAAUUUUCUGUGCUGAUGCUGCCAAUCCGUCAAGCUGGUCAGGGAACUUGCAGAACUCAAUUGAGAAAUUAGCUGCUACUUCCAUAACCACUGAAUCAGCGACAUGGCUCCUGGCUCUCGAUACAAUCUACCACUUUCGCCCAUCUCGUCUUCCUCUUCUUCAGUUUGCAUGCCACAACCUCAAUGCUUCAUACAUGGCAUUUGAUCUGAUCCUCGCGGAUAAUAUAUCCUGGUAUCAUUCUUUCCUUCUACGGAUCAUUUGCUGGUUCCUGGGAGCUCCAUUUGGGAAUAUCGUUACCAAGGACGAGUAUGUGCGUCUUCUGGUUCGUGCUGGAUAUGAACCUGGGCAAAUUGAGAUGGAGGAUAUCUCGCAACAUGUUUUCGGUGACCUGGCGGCAUUCCUGGGGAGAAGAGUUCAAGAAGCAACACCGUUUGGGUUGACGAUGGGAAAGUAUCGGGGAGCUAGGAAGGUUUUCGAUUGGUGGGCACGGACUGGUAUUAUGAGAGGUUAUGUGGUUGUUGCGAGGAAAUCUCAAUAA